AUGCGGUUCAACCUAAGCACUGCAUUUCUCUUAACAUCAAUAUUACCCGACGCUCAUGGCUGGCUGUUUGAGCGCGAAGCGGUAAUCGUCAAGCCACGAGUACUCCUCCAUCACAUAGAGCGGCAAGAUGCGAGCCCAUUUCUCUUGGGACAGCAUGGUUCUGCCACGGACAAGCGUCAGACUGGCCAUCUUGAAGUCCCUCUAUACAAUCAGCGAUCUUUCUACUUCAUGAACAUCUCAUUGGGUGGCAGCAACGGCCAAGGCAUAAGAGUGCAGCUCGACACUGGCAGCAGUGAUCUCUGGGUCAACACACAGGAAGGCAGCGAGACUAUCUGCAACUCGAAUCUCUUCGGUCAGUGCCAGUCUGGAACCUAUAAUGCCAACAGCUCCUUCUCCUACAGAUAUGUCAACAGCGACUUCAACAUUUCCUACGCCAGUGGUCGGCGUGUGACCGGUGAUUAUGUGACCGACUACCUGCAUAUUGGAGAAUACUUGGUGAUAAACCAGUUUCAGUUCGGCAUUGGGUACGACUCCACCAUGCAGAAUGGGAUCCUAGGGAUCGGAUAUCCUGCAAAUGAAGCUACAGUCCAGCAAGGCGGUCAGCAGUACCCCAACCUCCCUCAGCGCCUUGUCGACGACGGUCACAUCCAAACAAUGGCCUACAGCCUAUGGCUCAACGACCUACACGCCGCCACGGGAUCCAUCCUCUUCGGUGGAAUCGACACAGCGAAAUUCGCCGGCGAUCUCGUCACAGUUCCCAUCAGACCAGGCUCGCCACGCUUCAUCAUUGGCCUCAGCGGUGUGGGCCAGAACGGAGACGCCACGUCCAUGUCCGGUAACAUCAACCUAGAUGCCCUCCUCGACUCCGGCUCAACUUAUACAUACCUCCCCGACGACCUCACCCAAGACAUCUACAAAGUCGUCGGCGCCGAACUCGUAAACGUCACAAACUUCCCCGGAGGCCUGAAAGCUGCGGUCAUAGACUGCUCCGAAGCUCAAAGCGACCGCGUCUUCAAUUUCCAGUUCGCGACCAACAAGGUCUUGAAGGUGGGCAUGAACGAGCUGGUGCAGAGGGAGAGCAAUAUCGAGGAUGCUAAAUGUGUCUUUGGGAUUCUGCCGGUCUCGGAUAAUGCGGAGGCUAUCAGUGUUAUUGGGGAUACGGUGUUGAGGAGUGCGUAUGUGGUGUAUGAUUUGCAGAAUGAUCAGAUUAGUCUGGCGCAGACGGUGUUUAAUGCUACGGGGGAGAAUGUUGUGGAGAUCGAUGGGAGGGGGGUGUUGAAUACGACGGGGAUAAUGAGUGUACAGGGGGAUGUGCCGUCGUCUGCUGUGAGGAGUUCGAGUGUGUCGUUGCUACUGCUUGUUGUCUUACUCACUUGUUGUCUUGGAUGGCAACCGGUGCGGUGA